AUGAAGCUGGCUCUGAGCUCGUUGAUCCUGCUCUUUUCCAUUGCCAAUGCCCUCGAGCUCGAUAGUCCGACUUCUGGGUGGUACCCAGGAGAUACGGUCACUGUGGGCUGGACAAGCCAGUCCGGAGAUCCUGCCAGUUUCUCCUUGACGCUCGUGUCGGCAGACUCGAACGGGGAAGCCUUCGCGCUCGCUGCCGAUGUCCCGACUGACGAGGGGUCGGUGUCCAUCACCGUGCCCGAUGUCGCCGCUGGGCAAUACGUCUUGAACGCAGCUAAUGUGACCAACGUGAACGAGAUAUACGCCGAAUCCGCGCAGUUCUCUGUUUCUUAG